CUUUUGUUAGCACUGUUUAUUGAUUGAUAUUGCCGAUUUGUCCCUGCAGCCUGAAAACUACCCCAAUUUUGAGAAACCUGUCUGAAUCCACCAAAAAUCCAGCAAUCGGGCAACAUGUCUAUAAAAGACCAGGAGAUCAAGAUCAAAGACUCGCUGUUCGAAUUCGUGAAACGUUUCAUUCCGGACGCCGAUCUAACGUUGAUCGACGAAAUCGUGUUGUCGUACGUUGUGGCUGUGCUUGAGGACAUCAGUUCCGAUCCUGGAUUUGAUGUGGAGGGUUUCUGUGAAAUGAUGUCCGCAUAUUUUCCCGAGUUUGAGAGCAUCAAUCAUGCAACAGUUUGCCAGUGGAUGUUCGAUCUGGAAGCUAAAUUAAGAGUAGCGCAGCCUGAAGAGAAACAGAUUACUGAACUGGAUAUUUCUUUGCCUGAAGUGGUGCCAAAACCAAAACCAAGGAAUUGUGAGAGUGUGGAGAAUUUUGAGCAGCCGAAGAGGAUUCACAAAUUGUCUGAAAUGAGUGAUGGUGGCUCAACUGACAGUUCUUGUUGUGAGUUCAAUGAUGAGAUUGAAGUGUUGCAGGAAAUGUUUCCCAGUGUCUGUUCAAUUGAGGUGAAACAUUGUUUGGCAAUAGCCAAUGGCAAAUUAGAGCAUGCAACCCAACUGUUAAUCGACCGUCAAGAGUCCGGACAGUGUUUAAUUCCCAACAAUUCGUUAACAAUUCACGUGAACAAGGCAACAAUCGACGACACCGAGUUGAAGAAUCGCAUCAUCGAACGGUACUCGUACAUCGACAAGGACGCAUUCACCAAAGAGCACAGACCAGUCGCCCCUAAAGUUGAACCCAAAAAAAUGGUGCGCUACAGGGACAACAAGAUAGUGAGCUUGAAGGGCGAGCGUUACACCGAGGUGAAGAAAGGCGACGACGUGGAGGACAUCUCGCUGAAGAAGAACAAGAAGGGCGUGCACACCGGCACCCCGUAACUACACGUUCACUGCGCCGCUGUCCGUGCAGUGUUUCCGUCUACUCCAUCAUCUCCAAUCCAUUGUUACGUGUCUCUAAUCCGGACUGUUCGUGUUUCAAUGUGUCGCGUGCGCAACUAGCGGCACGGAGCAAGUGUACCCGUCACUGUGUCGGUUCGGUAGCGUUUGCGUGCGGCGUCCGAUUCACACACGGUCGGACGCGCGUCUUUACUUGUGAUUCAUUGUGAUAUAAUAUCGUGCGAUCGACGAGCUGAACUACUGAGGGACACUUGCUCCGGACGCAGCUUCGAACGAACACACACAUACACACUAUAUUAAAAUAGUAUUAUUAAUUGUAAACAAUUAGAGUUCUAUUUGACUAGUCAAACUUUGAUUGUGUUUUCGUGACCGACUGGAUUGUUUUAGACCCGGUUUUCUCAUUAUAUUCGUCCGUUUUGUACUUAAUUGAAACGGGUCUGGACAUGUUUACUCAUUUUUAAAUACCUGUGAUUAUUCAUUAUGACCGAAGAUUAAACAUAUACGUUUAUUUGUGAUUUAAAUUUCUACUCUACUUAAUUUACUAGUACACGUAUACGUUCAAUCUUUGUUGUGACGUUGUUUAUAUUUACUUCGUUUCACCUACUUGCGUAGCUUAAUUUUAAGUAUUUAUAUAUGUAGUAUUUUAACAAAUUGCUAUUUAUUAUUAUUUUUAAGUUAAUAUACCUUUUAAUGUAGUAUCAUUUUUUUUAUAUUUUUGACUCUGAGAUAAAUCUGUAUGUUCUA